ACUAGCAGCUCUCCAAACCUGUCACUUUCGUGGGGUCGCCUAUCUGGACAACUCAUCCCACUCCCGCCACACCACAGCAGGAGCAAGUCAUUCCUCCCUCGCGACCUCGAUUCGCCGACAUCCAAAAUGCCGUACCUCCCCACAGCCCAGGAGUGGCUCACUCAAUCCGCUCUCCUCCUCCAGGCGCGUCCCACAACCUCCCGCAUAACGACAAAAUACACCGUCAAACCCUCCACGCGCCGCACAACCGCUGAAACCGCCGCCCCUGCCCCCGUGGCUUUCCUGACACUCAAAACUUACGACCCGGCGUCAGGCACAACCCUCAAAUACCGCACCGACAAAGCCGCAGAGGUUGGACGUCUCGUGCUCUCCCUAUCCCGGCUUGGACGCGAGAUGGCGGGCUUGCCGGAGCUGAAGGAGGAGGAUAUUAAGAUGGAGGGGGCGGGGGAUGCGGUUGCUGCAGCUGCGGCGCCAGUGCCUGAGAAGGCUGGGGCGCAGCCGGGUGGAGCGAAGAAGGGGAAGAAGAAGGGGAGGAAGUGAGGGGUGGAGCUGGAUGGGGUGGGAGAUGGUGGGUGGGAGGCAUUAUAGGCGUCUUGGGCAUACUGUUAAGCGAUGUUUGAAAAGUUGGGCUGUGGAAGAUGGUAGCCAUGGUGGAUUAUAAUAUGGCAGGCGUGGGAUGGGAUUGGAGUUCAUCAUGGGUCAGAUACCUGAAGCUAGAUAUCUAAAGGCCUAGAUCUCUCAACGUGCUUCAUGAGAUGUGCCCUCAAAGGAUACGAAAAUCCGAUCACUAUCCAAACGCUCUAUGUGCGACAGGCUGCAGCCGCAAACGAGGGCCAUGGCAUCGAAGCCUUUAACCAAGAAUCCCGCAAUUGGUUUAACGAGCUCGAGAAAUCCUAUCACAAUAGGGAAAUUGAAUAUCAGAAUGCAACUAGCGAUUCAAUUAGGUCGAAGCAUGCAAAGCAAUUAGAAUCACGGAUUUCGAACCACCUCGGCUGUCGGGAAUGAUGCCCACUCUCAGGAUCACUACUGUUACCGCCACUCCUUUGUCGCCGUCGUAAUGACUUCCUGUCACCCCACUUCCUUUCUCACCACCGCUGCCAAUACCACCAUCACCACCACUCCCCUGUCACCGUCAUACAAUACGCACGAGCACGUAGGUGGAAUCUUGGUCCUAACAGUCCGUAGACGCUAGGUAAGCUAAAGACAGCCAGCAACCAGCACCCACCCCAUUGGCACCUUCUGCAUUGGUAGCCUUUGUCGCCAUAUGCUGGACGUAACUGUGUUCAUCAUCUUCUGUUGCAUACUCGGUGCUAUUGCACGGAUGUGAUGUCUGUGGCAUGUUUGUUGACGAGGGUUUGUAGUAGAAGUGGGAAAGGGUGGACGUGAGAAGAUGGAGAUGGCCAUAGAGAUUGAGAGACGGAAAUCGAGGGAGAGUAACUAGAAUCAAUGCUCCCGCUAAAUUCGAGAAGGACCCGCUUAUAUCAGCAUGUGUAGUCGCUGAUAGUAUAGGACCAGGGAAGACUAUACAGACCGUUAGCUAUUAGGAAGUUGAAAGUUAACACCAUGCUCACAAUAUGACAAC